CCUCCUCCCCGACCAACAGAUAAGAAAAUAAAUACCAAUAAAAACUAAGCAAACAAAGUAUACGCACACGCACUCCUACACACCGCCUACCCGUACACACACAACCACACACACACACACACUCGCAACACACAAUGCUGCGUAGCUGUGUGUGUUUGGGUGGUGGCGCGAAACGACGUAGCUCCUCGCUAGAGGAUACCUCAUCGUGCCGGUCAUCCGAAAUUGAACGUGUGGCCAAACGCAUGGAGACCAUGACCGUCUAUACGAAAACCACAUCGACCGCAAAAACGACAACCACAACAACAAGCAAAUUACAGCAGCAGCAGCAGCAGCAACAGCAACAGUUGCAGCAAAGCAACGGCAGCGGCCGCAGUACCACUUCCAGUCUAUUGCAGUUCUUCCAAUCGAAAACGUGGUACCGGCAUUGGCGAAAAACGGAACGCUCGAUGAGCAUGUCAAAGACCGAACGAA